AUGGCUGAAAGAACCAAGCUCAACGUCCAGUCGUUCCCUCGACCGCCGCGGCUCGAGAGAAUCUCACGGCAUCUCCGCAUCACCUACAAGGACGUCGAGAUUGCAGACACUCAUGAUGCGUAUUGGGUGCUGGAAACGCAUCACCCGCCAACUUACUACCUCCCUCCCUCCAGCAUCAAGGCCUCCCUCAAGCCCACGUCCCGCUCCAGCUGGUGCGAGUGGAAAGGCGCUGCAACCUACUACAGCAUCAGCCUCCCGGACGGCGCCGUCUCCAACCGCAUCUGGUCGUACAACAGCCCGACGCCCGGGUUCGAGCCCCUGCGCGGGUACCUGAGCUUCUACGCCGGCCCGUGGGACUGCUUCGUCGACGGCGAGCGGGUGGAGCCCCAGCCGGGCGACUUUUACGGCGGAUGGGUGACGAGUGAGAUUGAGGGCAUCGUCAAGGGGAGGACGGGCAAUCUGGAUCCCGUAGUCUGA